AUGAAGCCUCAGUGCAUACUCAUCUCUUUGCUGGCCAACCUCGCACUCGCCGAGGAAUAUCUUGUACGGUUCAAAAACCCCACCGCGUUCCAGCAAUUCACGUCCACGUCAAACAGAUCAUGGAGAAAGUUCAUCGACCACCGGAUCGAAAAGAAGUUCUCCAUCGGGUCGUUCCGAGGCGUGACGAUGAAUCUGUCCAAGAACCUGGUCAACAAACUAAAGAAAAGCCCUCUGAUCGCGGACAUCGUGCCCAACUUCAAGUUUGAGGCCUUCGACACCGACGACGCUGAAUUGGACUACACGUUCGACACCACCUCCAAGUACGUCUACGAAGAGAUUGACGAGGCGCAAAACGUCACGUACCAGCCGGAUGCUCCACGGCACCUGGCCCGGAUUUCGCGCCAUUACCAGUUGCCGUUCGACAUGGACGAUAAAAACCGCUACAAGAGCUGGUUCAACUACUACUACGAAGACGAGUACCAAGGACAGGGCGUCAACGCCUACAUCAUGGACACGGGCAUACACGCGGACCAUCCGGAGUUCGAAGACAGGGUCAUCCAGGGCGUCGACUUGACCAAAGAGGGUUUUGGCGAUCAGAACGGCCAUGGGACACAUGUGGCCGGGCUUGUCGGAUCCAAGACGUUUGGUKCGGCAAAGAAGGUCAGCCUCGUGGAGGUCAAAGUGCUGGGUAAAGACGGGUCCGGCGAGGCCAGUAACGUCCUUAGCGGGCUGGAGUUCAUCGUGGAACACUGCACGAAGAUCAGUCGCCCUCAGGGCAAAAAAUGCGUGGCGAAUCUAAGUUUGGGCAGUUUCAGAAGCCCCAUCAUAAACAUGGCCGUUGAGGGGGCCAUUGAAGAAGGUAUUGUGUUUGUUGCCGCCGCGGGGAAUUUCAACCUGGAUGCAUACUGGGCUUCACCUGCAUCUGCAGAAAACGUUAUCACUGUGGGCGCAUUCGACGACCACAUCGACACAAUUGCCAAAUUCAGCAAUUGGGGGCCCUGCGUGAACAUCUUCGCACCUGGCGUGGAAAUCGAAUCGCUAUCGCACUUGAACAACAACGAAAGUGUGGUUUUGUCGGGCACUUCCAUGUCGACGCCAAUUGUCACUGGAAUCGCAGCAGUGUUGUUGUCCAAGGGCAUCGAGCCCGAACUGAUCGCACAGGAGAUCGAGUAUUUAUCCACACGUAACGUGUUCAAUAGGAGAACCUUGUUUUUUAAGCCAUCCACUCCCAAUCAGAUCCUUUACAACGGUGUUGAUAAACUCGAUGACCCAUACGACGACGAAACUUUCCCUCGUUUAAACGUGGAGGCGAUCGCAAAGGAACUGGAAGAAUACAACGCCACGUUACAAGGCGCUACGACCGAUGAUCCUAACUCCGGUUCGAAAUUAUGGGGCUGGAAUAACGAUGUCACCUUGCCUCUCGGUGAGAUCAGAUUGAAAAGACGCGACUUUAUAAAGAACUUGUAG